UGCUGAGUGCUGUGUAAAACUGAACUCACUCACUCACUCAGCACAACAGGCUUCACUGUGGGCCCAAGUGUGGGCAUAUUUAGGACAGAGUAUUGAGAGCAUGGCUCAGGUCACAUGAGGCGGCUUUUGUGAAAUAUACCUGUUGAACUGAAGUCUGCUGCUCCACCAAAAUGCCCAGGGCACCAAAACCUGCUGCUAAAGCCCCUAAAGCUCCUAAAGCUCCUAAAGGUCACAAGUUACCUGAAACCUUCCCAAAAGGCGAGGUUUUACAAGAUGUAUUGAAAAAACAGUGGAAACUAGGCCCCGUGAUUGGACAAGGUGGAUUUGGACUCAUAUAUUUAGCUGAUGAGGCUCAGAGCUCUGUUGGAAACACUGCACCAUAUGUUGUGAAAAUUGAACCCAAGGAUAAUGGCCCACUCUUCUGUGAGCUCCACUUCUACCAGAGGGCAUGUAAACAAGAUUUUCUGGAUGCCUGGCUGAGGGGUCAUAAGCUGAAGUACCUGGGUAUACCACAGUAUAUUGGUUCUGGCCUGCACACUUUUAACGGGAAGGAGUAUCGCUUCAUGGUCAUGCAGAGGUUCAGCACAGACCUACAGAAGCUGUUUGAGGCAUCGAGGAGAUUUACUCCAAAAUCAGUGCUUUGUCUGGGUAUACGGAUGCUUGACUGUCUGGAGUAUCUCCAUGAGCACGAGUAUGUCCAUGCAGACAUCAAGGCUGGCAACAUUUUACAAGGAUACAAGAACGGCAAAACCGAAAACAGUGAGGUGUACCUGGUGGACUACGGGCUGGCAUUCCGGUACAUCGCAGACAACAAACAUAAGGAGUACAAGGAGGACCCGAAGAGAGCUCACGAUGGAACCAUUGAGUUCACAAGCAGGGAUGCUCACAAGGGUGUUGUCCCGUCCCGGCGUGGAGAUGUAGAAAUCCUAGGCUACUGUCUGCUACAGUGGCUGUGUGGACGGUUACCAUGGGAGGACAGACUCACUGACCCAAACUAUGUCCAAGAUUCAAAAAUAAAGUACAUGCGUAACAUACCAUCCCUGAUGAAGGCGUGUUGUGUGGAUGGAGAAGCUGCAGACGCUGUCAGCAGCUACCUCAGCAACAUAGUGAAGCUUGACUAUGAUGAGAAGCCUAACUACAAUGCCCUGAGACAGGUGCUCCGACGAGGACUGACCAAACUGGGGACGAAGGAUGAGUGGACCCUGGAGCUGUCUGGUGUAGCCAUUACCAGUCCCAAACCAACAGCAGCCAAGGGAAGGAAAAGGAAAGGCAAUGAUGACAUUGAUGACAGUGAAUCGCCACCAAAGAGAAAAGUGACAACACCACGAGUAAAAGCAAGUGCACAACGAAAGUCUCCUGCUGCCAGAGUUAAGAGUCCAGCUGUUAAGGCAAAGGCUGGGACACCAAAGCAAGCCAACACUGCGAAGAAGGCUAAAGGUGCCAGAUCCCCGCCCAGCGCAAAGAAAACGACAACAAGACGGAGAAAGAAAGUAGUUGCCGCUGACGCUUCUAUUCAAACCACACCUAGCCUCAAUCGGAAACGAUAACACCAUUCUGUAUCAGUGCUCAAUGUGUAUAUACUGAUCAAAAGAAAUAAGGGAACAUGUUGACCGUUGUGAUGGAUAUGACAUCCUGUUUGUACAUGAUAACACAAGAACAUGGGUGAUAGGAGCAUUCCUGAUACUAACAAUUUCACUCUGUGGCUUACUUCGUUGCUUUAUUGUUUCUUCAGCUGUUUAGCUUUGUGUUCCCAGGUAAAUUUCACCAGCAUAUAUACUGAGGGAAAAAAUAAGGGAUCACAUGUUCCUUUAUUUGUUUCCAGGUUUCUUCACAAGUGAUGCGAUACAACGCUUGUGAAGAAACCUUGACAAAAAUAAAGGAACACUUGUGCUUUCAUGUGAUCCCUUAUUUUUUUUCCCCUCAUUAUAUAAACACCUACAGGGGUUAAAAAAAAACAACGCUCGAUGCCCGGGACAAGUCAGUUUUCAUUUCGGGCAAUCAAAUAAUGGUAUCCUACUUGUCCGUGGGCUACUAGAUAAU